AUGGAUCCAACAACAGAAGGCUGCGCGGCUGAGGGUGAUCGCACCAACAAUACCGAUCCCGUUGAGGUAUGUCGCAACUGUCCACCCAACUAUGAGGUAGAAUCUUUACCCUCCUACACAAUAGUAUCGGGUUUACCCACCUACGAUGAUGCAAUUGAAGAGUUCCGCAAAGCGGGCAUAAUACUCACUCCGCCUGUGCCGAUAAUAAAAAUUUUCGAAUCGAAAGAUUCCAAAGAUAUACUCAAUAUUGAAAAUGGCAACAGCAAUGGAGAUGGUGAUAAUAUAUCGAUAAAUUCCACCAAUACCUGUACAUGUGGUGCGAACAAUAAUAAUGCGAACCAACAAAGCAAUAUUAACAUUCCGACAAAUAUUAGUACUAACAAUUUGCUAUUGACACCCACAAAUAGUACCCCAUUUAUUGAAUUGACACCGGAACAGUUGGCCCAUUUAUCACAGAAGAGAUUGUCGCUGCAAAUUGCAUUUCCCCAGGUGCCGCAGGCACCUUUGGUUGGACAAUUCCGUCGUCAUUCAAGGCCACGCAUUGAUAUGCGUAAUAAUUUGCUGAGAUCACGUAUUGCAAAUAUCCCCGCCUUCGAGGGUCUACCAGAAAUACAUCGCAGCUCGUCGACUUUUUCGCUAGCCAAUGAGCGGAAUCUAAAUAUGGCUUUACAUAUGCAACAUCGUGGUUCCUUGUUUUAG